AUGAAUGUCGCUGUCCCCUCUGCAUGGCUCGCCACUUUUGUCGAGCAGUGCCUCGGCUUUUACCUUGGCCAGACUUCGCGGAAUGGCAUCAAUGUGGAGGAUGACGGAGCUACAUUGAGUUUUAGCAAGCCCGGGCUCAAUUCCGAGGCUGUGGUUCUGGAGUGGAGCGUAGAAUCCCCGCGCGACAGCGCACUGUUGAUGGAUGCCGAUAAUCAGAUUCUCGCGAUGUUUCCUCGCGAAUUGUCCGAUCCAACCCAACUGCAGGCACCAAACCCACAUUCAAAUGAAACUAGCCCCCGAAAGCACCUAAUACAGCUUAUGGACUUUGCGUUGAUCUUCACGUACUCGACGUCUACCCCCGAUGUGCACCUCAAGGUAAAUCGCUUCUGCAUCAAGUGGCAAGAAGGACUUGUGAAAUUUACGCCUGCGAAAAAGUUAAGGAAAAAUCAAGUCGUGAAGGUCUUGCUGGACAGGGCCAAACAGGCAGCCAAGAGCAGCCGCCCAGCUAUCAAGCCAAAUGGAUCACGCAGCCCACCGUCGAAGUCCACUGGGCCUGUAGAUCAGCAUAUGCCCCAAUCAAGUCUUUCCCCAAGCAGCACUCUGAAGGAAAGAGAAACACAGCAAAUUUUCUCUCAAAUUCCCGUUCAGGUGCCCGUUCACGAUCACGACAUGAUCCAUUAUAACGCGAACAUGGACCGCUCUCUCACACGUGGGACCGCCGAACUCCUUCAGCAUCUUGGUCCCAAUCCGCAACCAAGCUCAAUAACAUCCGUGGGAUGUUCAGUACACACGCAAACGCAAAUAAACGGGUCUGUGACGAGCAGAAGCCCUCUCCGGGUGCUCGCUGGUGGAGAACCAAUUGCGAAUGGCGCUCAGCACUCCCCUCCGCUGGAAAAUCGCACUUUUCGAGAAGACUCCAUCUCGUCUCAGCCGCAGAAUGGAACUACAGCCCUUUGCCCGCUAGAUUCCAAUGAGCCUGACGAUGCGCAGUUUGCGUCCAAAGUGGCCAAUCGCUCGCCUUCGCGAAAACGACAUCGUGAUAGUGUGGAUCUUCAAUCACAGCCCAAUUGUGCCGAGAGUCACGUUCUCCAGCCGCCCCAAGAGGCAACAGGAGAUUUGCCAUCCAAAAAAAGACAGCGCAUCGAGUCCAUACAAGAGAGAUCACCAGGGCCUGUCGCAGCCUAUGAGCCUCCCUUUGAAAUACAUCACUUGAAGAAUGACCAGCAGGUCAAUGCCGAUGAUAUCCCCGUAAUCGAUCCCCCGCUGCCUAGAAUGAACCCAUGGCAAGGGCUUUCCAAAAUACCAGCGAGCGAUGUCAAUAUUCCCAAAGACCAACUUGAUCUCUUAGAUGGAAAUCUAUGCUGGAUCCCUCCAGCGCCAGGCAGCCCCGAACCUCAUGGACAUGUGCCGCCUUGGCUUCUCACGCAGUGGAACAGCAUCGCUCAGCGGAGGCACCAAUCGGCUAAGGAAGAUGUACACAAGAAAACAUUCAGUCGGUCUGCUACCCCAAUCUCAACCCAAGAAACCACCUCAAUCUCCGAAUGUGAACCCGAGGAAGAAGAAGUAUACUCAUGGUCGGGAAGCUCUGCCCACGGGAGUCCACGGAACUUGCCUCCGGAAAGCAGCCCUAUAAGGCAGCCCAUGUCACUGCGGACAGAUGCCGGUCCCAGCGCUGACGACUAUAUCCCUGGUCGGAAAGCGGAAAAUGAUAACCCGAGACGGCCAAGUGACUCCGAUGAAAUAUUGCAGCCUCAUAGAAACAAGAAAGGAUAUCCUCGGAAUGUGUCUGGGGGCGCUGUCUUUGAACCCAUUCCGACAAAUGAACCAGAAAACUGGAAAUCAGACAAUGUGACGACUUCAAUCCAAAGCAGUCUGAAGGAUCUGGGCCAUUCCGGUGAUGUGGAAAUGCAAGACUCGCCUGUCAAGCCUGUCAGCCAGAACUUUGACCGAGGUCCUAUGCUUUCUGCUGAGGAGUCACUCACAGCCUCGGACACCCCAGAAUCUGUCGUCGAACAGCUUGAAAAUGGAUCGGAAUCAGAAAGUGACGAUGAGUCGGUGAUGGAGAAUUCGAUUCCUUUUGCGCUUGGCGAAAGCCUGCCACCCACACAAUGCAGUCAGGCCGAGCAAGAGCCCGUAGGCUCGGCUUCCUCGCAUUCCGGGAUCAUUAGAUAUCACGUCCAGGUCGCCGUGACUCCUCUGACGAUACACAAUCGACUAUACCAUGGAAACCCUGAUAAUGAACAAAAGGAGCCUGGCGCUCCGUAUCCACAGUUCUCCUCCCAGGGCAACAAACCUUCUUCGCAGUCACGAGUACCGGAUACAUGCCUUUAUCCUGGGAGUUCCGAGAGAAGUCAGUCGACUCAUGAGACAACAGAAUCAUCUUCACUUCGUACGGAGGCUGUUGCGUCUCCGGUCGAGAUUGCCGUGCCUCAGACACAACCCAGCACCAUGAACUCUCACUCUCAAGACACUUCUUCCCAUUCGCAACAUGGAGUUGUGCUCGAUUCUUCGGAACCUGCCCACUGCCACCAAGAUUAUUCCUCCCCGGGCUCAACCUUUAAUGUCAAGCCAUUAAGCCAGCUGUGUGCGAGUUCUGCCGAUUUGGCCUCCUCUCUGCUUCAUGAGCCCACCCUCCAGCUCAUGACGCAGGGCUACUCCAAUGACCCUAAAGGUUCAUCGCAAGUGUCUCCAAUGGGGUGUUACAAUCCUUCAGAUGCCGGCCAAGAUCAGACCCUGUCUAAAAGCCUACAAGACAUGACACGAGACACGCAACACACUAGUCAAGCUAUGCCUGCCACGCAGAGUGCUGAGCUAGUUGCUCGUCGCCUGGGCUUUAUUGGUGACCCGGAAAAAUCAGCCGAGGCGCAGCAAGUAUACAAGCAAUUCUGCACUGACUAUCCUAGCUACGCCGGCGACUAUGGUCACUUCACUGAGCUUUGCUCCAAACUGCAAGACGUUCGUGCGCAAGGUCUGCUACAACAGUCCAACAUGUGGGAUGACUUCAUCAUCAUGAACCUUCAGCGAUAUCCUUCCUACCUAGAAGAGCACACAUCCCGGGAUCCCACCGAGACUUUGAAAUAUGAGCUCUACUUCACUUCAAACUUCUCCCGACCAGUGAACAAGAGACGUAGUCUAUCAGGCUACGGCAUCGAAGUGGCUGCAUCCCAGUUUGUUCCACAUGAUAUAGAGUCUCUCCUCGCUAGCAGCCAGGCGUAUGCUCCCUCACAAUUCAUCCAGGGGGAAGCCAUGGACACACUUGCAACGAGUUCUGCGGAUAGGUUUUCACACUUCCAUGCACACUUGUCUGGAGGAUCCACCACAAGCGCUCUUUAUGCCUUCGAUGGCCACUUGAAUCCUACUCAAACGGAUUCUGACACAUCAUCAGCCAUCGUCAAACUUGAAGGCUCCGAAAUGAACCCGGACGAGGCGGUGUAUACCCAAGCAAUUCCGACGAAUUCGCUCGACGAAAACCCCGCUCUCCUCAACUUCUGGUCAGAUGCGGCCGCCUAUAUUCAAGCCAUAGAAACCCAAAAGCCCAACACCCAAGGGGAGCUGGAUGAUGUUAGCUUGGUCGAGGUUGAGGAAACCGACCAUGAAGAGAUCGACGCGGACGAUACUCGCCACGAAACCGCAAGUGUUGAGCUCGGGGAUGAAACUUUCGUCUCAGCCACGGACGAGAUUCCCGAAACUGAACCUGAGGCCGAACUUGAGAGCGAAGAAGAAAACUGGUUCAUGUCGCUGCGGCACAUGUGGACCAAUACUGGGCCAGCCUGGUCCGACCACCCAGGAACCCCGCUCAAGGCCUGGGCCGAAGCUGACCAGAAUGUGUUGAGCGAGCGACACCGGCGCGGGGGAGCAAAAGUCCUUUUAAAUGAAAAGGGCGUGAUUCGUCGGCCGAUUCACCGGUGA